CUUCUCCGCCCCUGGGCCCAGGGAGCUAUUUUCCAUUCGGUGGGGGUGCUGGCUGGGGCUGCGCCGUCCCUGCGAGGCAGCGGGAACCGGGUGGGCCCGGGAGCAGAUGAUGCUGGGGCCCCGGGAGGAGUCGGGACGGGGCUGAGAUGCGUCGGCCCCGCCGCAGUUGAACGUUUUCCAGAUGGAUUUCCCUGAAAACUACCUAGUACUGCUGAGUUUUGUUGGACAAAUGUAUUGAAAACAUGAGAUAUGACAUCUGUGAUCACAACAUUUGGAGACAUCAAGUUACUAGGUAACAUAAUCCAUGGAUCAAGUGGGAAAGAUGUGGAACAACUUCAAAUACAGAUGCCAGAAUCUCUUCAAUCAUGAAGGUGGAAACCGAAAUGAAAACAUAGAUGUAGACUCCACUCAAUGUUCAUCUGUUAAAGACAGAAGUAUCCAUGUACCCGAUUUGGCUCCGCAGCAACCAAGCAGCCCUUUAAGAGAGAACAUUGCCUUACAACUGGGUUUAAGUCCUUCAAAGAAUUCAGUGAGGAGAAAUCAGAAUUGUGUCACUGACAUCCCUCAGAUUGUCGAAAUAAGCAUAGAGAAAGAUAAUGACUCGUGUGUUGCCACAGGAACGAGACUUGCACAAAGGGAUUCCUACUCUCGGCAUGCUCCUUGGGGUGGGAAGAAGAAACAUUCCUGUUCUACUAAAACCCAGAGCUCCUUGGAGAAUGAUAAAAGAUUUGGUCGAACACGAAGCGGCUUGCAAAGGCGGGAGCGAAGAUACGGUGUGAGCUCUGUUCAUGAUAUGGACAGCGUAUCAAACAGGACUGUAGGCAGCCGUACUCUGCGACAGCGGCUUCAGGAUACCGUUGGGUUAUGUUUUCCCAUGAGAACUUAUAGCAAACAGUCCAAACCUCUCUUUUCUAAUAAAAGAAAGAUUCAUCUCUCUGAAUUAAUGCUUGAGAAAUGUCCUUUCCCUGCUGGAUCUGAUCUUGCCCAAAAGUGGCAUCUGAUUAAGCAACAUACAGCUCCUGUGAGCCCUCAUUCAACUUUUUUUGAUACAUUUGAUCCUUCCUUGAUUUCUGCAGAAGAUGAAGAAGACCGCCUUAGAGAGAGACGUAGGCUUAGUAUUGAAGAAGGGGUUGACCCCCCUCCUAAUGCCCAAAUACAUACUUUUGAAGCUACAGCACAGGUUAAUCCAUUAUAUAAACUGGGACCAAAGUUAGCCCCGGGUAUGACUGAGCUGACUGGGGACAAUAGUGCAACACUACAGGGAAACUGUGAUUCUGAAGAGGACACAACAACCCUCUGCUUACAGUCACGCAGGCAAAAGCAACGUCAGGUGUCUGGAGAGAGCCAUGGCCAUAGCAGCAGACAAGGGGCUUGGAAAGUACAUACUCAGAUUGAUUACAUACACUGCCUUGUGCCAGACUUACUUCAAAUAACAGGUAACCCAUGUUAUUGGGGUGUGAUGGACCGUUAUGAGGCAGAGGCACUUCUGGAAGGCAAACCUGAAGGCACUUUUUUGCUCAGGGAUUCUGCACAAGAGGACUACCUCUUCUCUGUGAGCUUCCGUCGUUACAACAGAUCCCUCCAUGCACGUAUUGAGCAAUGGAAUCACAAUUUUAGUUUUGAUGCUCAUGAUCCCUGUGUAUUUCACUCCUCCACUGUUACAGGACUUCUAGAACACUAUAAAGACCCUAGCUCUUGCAUGUUUUUUGAACCAUUACUUACUGUAUCUCUGAACAGGACUUUUCCUUUUAGUCUGCAGUAUAUCUGCCGGGCAGUAAUCUGCAGGUGCACUACGUAUGAUGGAAUUGAUGGCCUCCCUUUACCAUCAAUGUUGCAAGACUUUCUAAAGGAAUAUCACUAUAAACAAAAAGUCAGGGUGCGAUGGUUGGAACGGGAACCUAUUAAGACAAAGUAAAUGGAAUCUAGAGUCCCCAGUAGGCUUACUAGGUUAUGCAUAUUUUUUUUGUGCAUUAGUUUAACUUAGAAAGCACAUCAGCUUUUUUGCAAUACCGUAUUUAAGCUUGAUGUUUAGUAUCAUGUCAGAUGCUGUCUGCUGUUACAUAAAUCAAGUUGUGAUGCCUCUUGAAACAAUAAGCAGAGACAAAGCGACGUGUUUUUCAUUAAGAUGUACGUAAAAAUCAUUUGCUAACUUCUAAAUGUUUUCCUUUCCUUUUUUGUAGCUGUAGUAAUUGGGUGAAGCAACUAUGGGGCAUUCCAUCUAAUGCUAAAGAACAAAAGUUAAUGUUUAUUGGUUGAACAUUUUAAUGAUUUGAGUAGUGUUUUUAAAUUUUUUCAACAAAAUCUUUCCUCCUUUGAAAAGUUUAAUUAUUCCUUUCAAACAAGUUUCCAAA